AACGGAAUAAGAUAUCACUGUUCAUUCUGGACAUUGCUUCUGCGGCUUGUUUUCAUUUUUUUCUUUCUGCACAUCGAACCAAACGGCACGUCGCAGAGGACCGUACAAUAUAUUUUCCGAGCCUGGAUACGCCACUACUCCCAACGUGGCUGUGGAGAGAAAGAGUGGAAAUGGGGAGAAUAGCAGUUGCACUGAUUGUAAGCUUCUGGGUGAUACCUUUAUCCAUUCUUGUCAAUCGCAUUGUCCCAGAUCCUUACAUGGAUGAAAUAUUUCAUAUCCCUCAAGCUCAAAAGUACUGCAAAGGCAAUUUCACAAGUUGGGAUCCAAUGAUUACCACUCUUCCUGGCUUGUGAGACCUUGCUUCACCUCUGUUAGGUACAUUGUGUCACUUGCCCAUGUUGCUUCUUUAUUUCCAGGGCUAUUCUCCAUGCAAGUGGUCUCAUCAUUUUCAGAAACUUGUUCCACUCCGAUCUUGCGUCUUGUCAAUGGAGUUUUAGCUGUGAUUAGCAGUAUUCUGUUUUAUGAUAUAAUCACCCAUCUAACGCCAGGUGUAAGUGACACAAAGGCAUCUCUUCAGGCAAUUGUCUUAGCUUUAUAUCCCCUUCACUGGUUCUUCACCUUUCUUUAUUAUACUGACGUAGCAUCACUAGCUGCAGUUCUCGCUUCUUACCUUAUGAGUCUCAAGAAGAACUAUCCCUCCAGUGCAUUGUGCUUUGGCUGUUAUUGUGCGACAAACAAAUAUUGUGUGGAUGAUAUUCAUAGCAUGCACAGGGAUUUUAGAUUAUGCGCUUGAUCGUCAGAAGGACAACAGGGAGUAUGCUGUCUCCAAUGAACUAGUUCAGGAAGAGACAGUAACCUCUAAUCAGAGAUCAAACAUGAGAAAACGAAGAGCUGUUGCUAAUCAUGCUAAUAAAAAAAGCCGUUUGAGUAGCCAUACAACUCUCAGUUCCCCGCACCAUGCAUCAGAAUAAGCCAAUUGGAUCAACUAAACAGAGCCUUAAUUUAUGGUUAGCUGAUGGCAACCGAUCGUUUUUGGAAUUUGCAGAGUUGUUUGAUGAUAUAAGGGCAGUUAUUUCAUCAUCCUGGAAUAUGAAGUGGGAUCUUUUGGCUUCUUUUAGUCCGUUCUUUAUCACUUUGGUGGUUUUUGUCAUUUUUGUUCACUGGAAUGGGAGUAUAGUUCUUGGUGCAAAGGAAGCUCAUGCUGUUUCUCCCCAUUUUGCACAGGUCCUGUAUUUCAGUUUGGUUUCCGCCCUUUUAAUGCCACCUGUUCACUUCUCUUUUACACAAUUUGUACUGCUAGCUCAGUUAUUCUGGAAAAAUAAACUGAUUAGCCUCUUCAAGUUGUCCAUAGCCAUGACUGUUGGCUUCAUAUCAGUGCAUUUUUUCAGCAUUGCUCAUCCAUACCUCCUGGCUGAUAAUCGCCACUAUCCCUUUUAUCUUUGGAGGAAAGUCUUAAAUCGUCACUGGUCAAUGAAGUACCUUCUCGUUCCACUUUACACUUAUAUGUGGUUUUCAAUCCUGAGCGUGUUAGGAAAAAGACAGAAGAAACUAUGGGUGGUGGGAUACUUGUUGGCAACUGCAGCUACCCUAAUUCCUGCCCCUCUAAUAGAGUUCAGAUACUAUACCAUUCCAUUCUUCUUUCUGAUUCUCCAUUCCCAUGUCAAUGACAACAGGAGUUGGAUUCUAAUGGGAGUGAUGUACGCUGCUGUUAACUGCUUCACGAUGUUCAUGUUCUUGUUUCGGCCAUUCUCCUGGUCCCAUCAUGAAUCUGGGGUCCAAAGGUUUAUAUGGUAGCAUGUUUUACUAAGGGGUUAUUAUAAACAGUGAAAGAUAUCCUUUUUGUUUCCUGCAAUUCCAUUAUCAUGUAUUCUUUCUUCCAAAGGGUUGAAUCCCCAACCCCAAAGGGCCCCCCACGUCCCGACCCGACAAGACUUUUGGGAGGUUGUAAUUCUCGGUGACUCAGUCGGCCCAAUGAUGGUAGACCUUGUACCUGUGCACAAGAGAGGUUCAUUAUCAUGUAUUCUUGACUUCUUGUUAUUACUCUAAGGGAUAAUCUUAACUUUUAAAGAAAAUAACAAAUGUAGACUGGUUAAGAAACCACCCACAGCUUUGGUCUAAUGACUGCAAUUCAAG